GGGGGCCCGCGAGCCGCUUAGCCUUUAACCACCGCGCAAGUGCGCUCGGAGAGUCAGGCGCGGCGACGGUCAGGCCUGUCGCCCGAAGGACCCGAGAGGCCCUCGCUGAGCGCCGCCGAGGCCGCUGGGGUGCCUGGGGCGGUUGCUGGUGGCGUCGCUGGGCGCUCGGUCAGUGAGCGGGGAAGAGCGGGAGGGAGGCCGGCUUGGGAGCCGUUCCAAGAUGUCGACCAAGAAUUUCCGCGUCAGCGAUGGCGACUGGAUCUGCCCGGACAAAAAGUGUGGAAAUGUUAACUUUGCUAGAAGAACCAGUUGCAACAGAUGUGGUCGAGAAAAAACCACAGAGGCCAAGAUGAUGAAAGCUGGAGGGACUGAAAUUGGGAAGACACUUGCUGAAAAGAGCCGUGGUCUCUUCAGUGCUAAUGACUGGCAGUGUAAAACCUGUGGUAAUGUUAAUUGGGCAAGAAGAUCUGAAUGCAAUAUGUGCAACACACCAAAAUAUGCCAAACUUGAGGAGAGAACAGGAUAUGGUGGGGGAUUUAAUGAAAGAGAGAAUGUUGAGUAUAUAGAACGUGAAGAAUCAGAUGGAGAAUAUGAUGAGUUUGGUCGCAAAAAGAAAAAAUACAGGGGGAAGCCUGUUGGUCCUGCCUCUAUCCUAAAGGAAGUUGAAGAUAAGGAAUCUGAAGGGGAAGAAGAGGAGGAUGAGGAUGGAGAUCUGUCUAAAUAUAAAUUGGAUGAGGAUGAAGAUGAAGAUGAUGCAGAUCUCUCAAAAUAUAAUCUUGAUGCUAGUGAGGAAGAAGAUUCUGCCAAAAAGAAAAAAUCCACAAUGAGGCGCAGCCGUUCCAAGUCUCGAUCUUCUCGUUCACAAUCUUCAUCUCGCUCAUCCUCCCAUUCAAGUUCAAGGUCUAGGUCCAGGUCAAGAAGCUCCUCCACUUCAAGGUCCAGAUCUCAUUCAACUUCCAGAGAACGUUCUAGAUCUCGUGGGUCGAAAUCAAGAUCCAGCUCCAGGUCCAUCAGGGGUUCUUCAACCCCAAGAAAGAGAUCUUAUUCAAGCUCUCAUUCGUCAUCCUCUCCUGAGAGAAGCAGAAAGAGAAGCCGAUCUAGAUCUUCAUCUGGUGAUCGCAAAAAAAGGCGAACGAGAUCACGGUCACCUGAAAGAAAUCGCAGGUCAUCGUCUGGAUCUUCUCACUCUGGAUCUCGUACAAGUUCUAAAAAGAAAUAAUAUAUUAAAACUCAAAACAGAAAAAUAUAAUCCAGUGCAUGAGACAUUUUAAAGAAGUUGGUGUCUUACUUGGUCAGAAAUGCUAAAUCCUGCUAGUAGAGGUGCAUGUUUAAUGGAAAACUGCAGCUAUUUUAAUUCAUGAAACAAAAUGUAAUGGAAUAUAUUAAGCCAUAAAUUUACCUCAGAAAGGUGAGUAGUAUGACUGUUUUCCCCAUUCAAAAAUAUCUGCCUCCUUGUUGAUUUGACUUCAGCUUCUGUCAUUUACUCUGCAGAAGUCGCAGAACUGUCAACAGAACUGCAUAAUUCAUGUUAAAACAUGCUGAUCUGUUUCCCUUUGUUCCCUCAGCCUUGCAAGGAUAAUGAAAAAUAACUGUAGUUGUAGUGUGCCUCAGUUGCAAAGCAAGAGUGAUACUUGAAGGGGAUAGCCAUCUUCCACAGCUACAAGCCCUGGCUUCUAAAUGAAAAAUUUCUCUCUUUGCCUAAGUGACAAAGUAAUUCUCCAUGUAUCCUCAGUUGCAGUAGAUAAGCUACCUUACAUUGGUAAAGAGGAGGGAGAAUCAUCCUGUGUUGUUUUCUACUGAGCAUUCCAUUUGUGAAUACUUUAUGGUGGCAUCUAACUUCUAAGGUUUUAAGUUUCAGCUUCCUAAGAACUUUUGCACUUGAUAUCCACGCCUUAGUUACUUAAUAGCUGAGACGCUGUUAGAUACAAAAAAUAAAAAUCUGAAUCCAAAGGAAAUUGUUUGGCUCUCCAGACAAGUCUUUGGCCUUGUGCUUCCUUCCUCCAAAAGCUGCCUCUGGAGGACGUGAGACAUUCAGCAUGGUGCAUGAGGCUGUAACCACGAUUGGAAAUUGGUGGACAUCUUCUCUGCUGCACAUGUUAAAACAUUUAUGCCCACUAAAAAUUAACAGACACCAUAUGGUUAAGGAAUUAGAAUAAAGCAUGAACAGCCAGGCCACUUGGGAUUUCUAAAACCUUUUGCAGAGGAUUGAGGAUGUAAUAUUGAAAUCACACCCCUGAUAAAACUGAAAUCAGAGUAGCAAGGCUCUGUUUCAGGUUUGCAACAAAUGCCACAACUCUUCUAAAGUAUUGUCCUUUAACAACAAAUCACUGCAGAUAGUCAUUUUGGACUAAUAUAAAUUUAUGGCUUAACAUGCUCCAUAAAAUUUGUUUUACUAGCAAUCUGUUAAAUACUGACCAUUCUUAAUUUCCUUUUGCUUGGGAGAAAUAUGUGUUAUCUUCAGUGACAUCCCAAGGUAAGUAUGUUAAGGAAGAUUAAUGAUUCUAGGAAAGAAGUGUGUUAUCAGUUACUUGUUUGUAACAUCUGCUUUGUCAAGUAAACUGCAUAACAACUGAU